AUGUUACACACGUGUGAUUCUAAAAAAUUGUUAUAUUGUAAUUCUGGUUUAUAUUCUGAUGUUUUAAAUUCAAUUCCUUCUUAUUUUGUUUUGUCUGCUUCUUCCUUAAAUUAUUUUUCAAUUUAUUCCUCAAUUUAUUGGCGUUAUUUAAAAUCAAAAGAAAAAAAUAAAAAAAUAGAUAAUCAAGCUAAAAAUCAAAAUAAUUCUUCAAUUCCCGAUCCAAAUCUUCGAAUUCUCCGUUCAGUUUUUGUGAUUUCUUUUAUAAUUAUUUUUGGUUGGAUAGUUGGUUCUGCUGCAAGAAAUUCUGUGACAACAUUAUGUAAUACUAUAACUACAACUUUUUCUAAUAUUUUUAAAGAUGAAAAAGGGAACCCAUCACAAACAAUUUCUAAUAUUAUAACUACAUAUUUACUUAGUAUAGUUAUUUGUAUUAAUCCGAUUUCGGCUGGAAUUAAUUCGUUAAUUCUUUUUACUUCAAAAAAUGCUUUCAAAAAAGCUUUUGGUAUUAAACAACAAUCAAAUGCAGUCGUCCCUAUUGGACCUUAUUUUAAAAAUCAACAAACUUAG